CGGCGCCGGCACAGCAUGGGGACACCCCGCUGGCGGUGGCGCGCGCUGGCCUGUCUGGGCGCAGCGCUCCUGGUCCUGUGCGCGGUGCCCCGUGCCCUGCGCCCCGCAUUUCAAAGCCGCGCCCUGGGCUCCGGCUGGCUCGCUGGGAACAGGAGUCCCCUACAGAUGCUGCAUGACCUGGACCAGAUCCUUGCCAGGGCGCCUGUGAUCGGUCACAUCCUUCCCCGGGACAGCAGGAGCAAGGCUGGAGUCUGCUGUCCCCAAGCCCGGGUGCAGGAUGGAUCCCGGGGGUCCCCAGUGCGCAGUGGCAAGCAUGCUGUUAGAACCCCGGCCCUGCGAUCAGCCCUGGCCGAGGUGCACCGGGAGCGGCGCGACCUGCUCCGCCGCGCCUGCAGCCGCCACACAACCCGCCGGCAGCGCCUGCUGCGGCCCGAGGACCUGCGACACGUGCUGGUGGACGACGCGCACGGGCUGCUGUACUGCUACGUGCCCAAGGUGGCCUGCACCAACUGGAAGCGCGUGCUGCUGGCGCUGAGCGGACCCGCGCCCGCAGGGGACCCGCGCGCCAUCUCCGCGCACGAGGCGCACUCGCCGGGUCGCCUGCCCUCGCUGGCGGACUUCGGCCCCGCCGAGGUCAACCGUCGCCUGCGCGCCUACCUGGCCUUCCUGUUCGUGCGCCAGCCCUUCGAGCGCCUGGCCUCGGCCUACCGCAGCAAGCUGGCGCGUCCCUCGGGGGUGGCUUUCCAGCGGCGCUACGGCACGCGUAUCGUGCGGCGACUGCGGCCCGGCCGCACACGACCGGACGCGGUGGCCCGCGGGCACGACGUGCGCUUCGCCGAGUUCCUGGCCUACCUGCUGGACCCCGCGCACUAGCGGCGCGACGAGCCCUUCAACGAGCACUGGGAACGCGCUGCAACAGCCCUGUGUCACCCGUGCCUGGUGCGCUACGACGUGGUGGGCAAGUUCGAGACGCUGGCCGAGGACGCCGCCUUCGUGCUGGGCCUGGCCGGCGCGCCCGGACUCAGUUCUCCCCGCGCCCGCCGCCGCCAGCCGCCCAGGCGCCCGCCACCUUCCUCCCGCGACCUGGCGGCGCGUCUGUUCCGGGACAUUAGUCCCUUCUACCAGCGGCGCCUCUACGACCUCUACAGGCUGGACUUCCUGCUCUUCAACUAUUCUGUCCCCUCCUACCUGCGGCUGCACUAGCGCGGGGACGUCCCCGCCCCCCGCCCCCGACGGCCGGCUGCGACCGCCCGCUUGGAGAUCCGCGGUGGCACCGGAGCGCGCUGCGCGUUUCUGGCAAGAC